GAAAGGCGAGGGUGAACCAUCAUGAGCCCAAUCGUUCAAGUUCUUUAUCUUUGGGACGAGUCAUGGCUCAAUAUCCUACUCGUAUUCAUACCUUUAAGCUUCAUAUCCCAUAACAUGGACUGGGACGUUGGGCUCGUAUUUUUCUUUAACUUCAUGGCCAUCGUGCCCUUGGCUAAGGUGGCACUAAUCUCAUCAUCAGACUCUUGGAAGACUGACGCCGUUUUUUAAUUGUUGGGCGAGGCAACUGAUCAGUUGGCCGUCAAAUUGGGGAAAACUAUGUCAGGUCUCCUAAGUCCUUGAUGCAUCCUUUGGGAACGCCGUUGAAAUUAUCGUCGGGGUUGCUGCUUUACUCAAUGGUUUGUCAACCUAUCUGAAGUUGUUUGUAACUCAUGGUGAUCCCAGGUCAAUUACGAAUUGUUCAGAUGUCUAUGCUGGGAUCGAUCUUGUCAAAUAUACUCCUUGUCCUUGGUUGUUCGUUUCUCGCCGGUGGAUUAUAUCAUUCAGAAGGAUUUUUCAAUGGUACUGGAGCUCAGAUCUGCCUCCCUGAUGACUGUCUCGUGCAUUAGUGCGAAUAUUUCCUGGUAGCUGGUGAAAAUCGGAUGGAGAUUGAUAUAUGUAAGUUUGGGGUAGUCAGUAGAAUGUUUUAGAUCAAUAUCUAUCGUUCUCACGAUAUAUCGGAAGUUAGCACCAAGGGGCGUUUCGGAGCUCGUCUCCGAAAUAUCAAUCUUAUAAGUUUUAACUGAGAAAAAUUGAAAAAUGAGUCCAA